AUGGAUCCACGUUUGCAUAGAAGAUCCGAACUGGAAAAGGGAUCGAACGACUUGAUUGUUGAAUGGUUGAAUGAGAUUUCUAUGAGUUCUACUGAAGAUGUUAAAGUUGCAAAUAUAUGUAAAGUACAGGAAAUUUUAUUGAAUAAGGAACCACAUUUGUUGCAACUUUACUUGGGGAAUAUUUUGGAAUUUGCAGCAGACAGAAGUGCAGAAGUCAGAAAAACCAUUAUAGGAUUUGUCGAAGAAGCUGGAAUCAAACAUCCAGAGGUAAUACCUCGUACAGUGCAAAUACUUCUUAGAUUGUCAACGGAUGAAGCGUCAGCUGUAGCUAAAAGAGUUCUCAGGGCUAGCAGUAGGAUUCUUAGAGCUGCACUCAAAUGGAUCUCUAGUGCUGCUGUUGUCACGCCAGAAAUGGAAUUAGCAUGGAGUCAAUUAAGUGCUCUUAAAGUACAGAUUAUAAAUAUGAUUGACAGUGAUAAUGACGGAAUUAGGACGCAAGCUGUCAAGUUUCUCGAGGGUGUAGUUUUGAUACAAACAUAUCCUGAUCCCGACUGUCCCAAAAAACCCGAUGACUUUUCCCUCGAAGACAUACCGUUGACAUUGAAAAUAGCUCGUAGACGAAAAUUGGAAGAGGAAGCAAAAAAUGUAAUGGAUCUGCUGAUUAAAUUUCACGGAUCGCCGCAUGUUAGCAGCGUCAAUUUAAUGACAUGCAUGGGAUCUUUGGCAUUAAUAGCUAAAACAAGACCACAGUUUAUGCCAAAUGUAAUUCAAGCGUUGCAGAGGCUGCAACACGAUUUACCGCCCACGUUGUCUGACUCUCAAGUAACCAGUGUACAGAAGCAAUUGAAACUCACACUCCUUGGACUGAUGAGACAUCCCGCUAGUAUAGAAUAUGCUUCAACCAUAGCUAAGCAAUUGACUCAGCUUGGAGCGAAAGAGCAGGAAAUUAUUAAGGCUUAUCCUAAACCGGAGGAUGUUCGUCGAAUGAAAAAACGCCAGCAGGAGGCGGCAGCUGCUAGUGCUGCAAAGCGAGCAAAACUUGAUGUGGCUUUGAUACCUGAUGAACCAGAACCAGUACCGAGCCCUGUUCCUGCGCCUAAAUUGCCAGAGUUAAUCGAACUUUCUGAAAAUUUUAUCGCCGAAAGACUUAGCGUAGAAAUUGCAACAGAUUUAGUGAUGGAUAGUAUGGCAUGGGUUCCGGAUACUAUGACGACCAUUUUUCAAAGAGAAUAUCAACCCACCGCAACUACCGACAUUAACAUACAGCGUCAAACAAUCGGUAAACUUCUAGCGGCACAAAUAAAACAGACCAAAGCGAAGAAGAAGAAAGAUGCUAAAGAGGAAGAUGCUGUAAUGGAAGAUUUGAUCAAGAAUCCUACCAUUAGCGUGGCCGAGGCAAAACGUGAGCGUAAACGCGAAAAAGAUCGGGAGAAGGAGAAAGAAGCGAAAGCGUCAUUAGAGGCCCAUGAGAAAUCUCUCGCGAAAGCUAGGAAUCGUUUGAAGGCGUUGAAAUUAGCAGAGGUAACAAAGCCGCUUUCGAAGGAAGUUAAGGAACGAAUGUUGUUGAUGGCAGUUAACAGGAUAUUACUUUCGGAAAGGACUGCGGUUCUUGGUGGUGUAGCUGCUGUAAGAUCCAAAAUCCUGACUACGCUAGCAGCUACUUUUAACCCUUACAUUAAGGAAGCGGUAUUGCGUUAUAUCACUGAUGAUAUGAGAAAUCGAUUAGAUUUAGCUCUAGGUUGGUUAUACGAAGAGUACGCGUUGCUUCAAGGUUUCCAAAGGCGGACCACCUUAUGUACGAAACCUCAGGAGGCUCCGCAUCAAGCGUAUAACUUUUUGUUGUGCACUUUAGUUUCGGCUAUUGAUUUAGUUCAGGGUAAAGAUCGUGAUUCCUUAUUGUACAGAUUGUACCUGGAAGCUCCGCUGAUAACGGAAGAUGCCGUAGAGGCUUUGAAAAUGGUGUCAUCCGACGAGUCUAGAGGUCUUGCGCCGUUGCAGCUUCUGAAAGAAAUGGUAAUACGUCGACCAACGAAACAGUUGGUAUUUUUGAACGUUUUGCUGUGCCAUACCGGACACGAAAACAAUACGGUACGAGAGGCUGCAAUACAGUUGGUCUGUCAGUUGUAUAGCAGGCCAGAUUUAAGCAAACUGAUCGAAGAAUAUGCAGUUCUCUAUCUAGGCUUCUUACGCCUUCAUAGUCCGCCCGAGAUUGUUUUCGGGCAAGACAGGGGCAGACCGCAGACCGAAAGUUUAUGGAGUGAAUCAACUACACGCGCUUGCCUAGGAUUAUAUCUUGCUCUCCUCAGUGAACAUCAAGAUCUCAUUCACGAAUUAGCGCGAGUAUACACAUCUAUGGGAGCUGAUGUAAAACGUAUCGUGCUGAGACUGGUGGAAGGACCAGUGAGAUCUUUAGGUAUGGGAAGUCCACAACUACUGGCCCUUGUUGAGAAUUGUCCGAAGGGUUCUGAGACUUUGGUCACGAGGAUCAUACAUAUUCUAACAGAGAAAUCUGCUCCGAGUGCGGAAUUGGUGGCCAGAGUGCGAGAGUUAUAUCAAACCAGAGUGUCCGAUGUCAGAUUCUUAAUACCUGUCCUAAAUGGCCUCACGAAGAAAGAGGUGAUCGCUGCACUUCCCAAGUUGAUCAAAUUGAAUCCUAUCGUCGUAAAAGAGGUAUUCAACAGAUUGCUGGGAACACAUAACAACGACAGCGGUGUACCUCAUACAUCUCCCAUUACACCUGCGGAACUGUUGAUAGCUCUACAUAACAUAGACCCGAGCAAGGCUGAAUUAAAGACUGUUAUCAAAGCAACGUCCCUGUGCUUUGCCGAGAAACAGGUGUAUACGCAAGAAACGGUCGCUGUUGUGAUGCAGCAUCUCAUGGAGAUGACACCUCUGCCGACUUUGCUUAUGCGUACAGUCAUACAAAGCUUGGCUCUCUAUCCUAGGCUGAGCGGAUUCGUCAUGAACAUAUUGCAACGUUUAAUUCUGAAGCAAGUGUGGAAACAGCCUAAAGUGUGGGAGGGUUUUGUUAAAUGUUGCGAACGCACGCAACCACAGAGUUUCGCUGUUAUUUUGCAAUUACCACCGGCACAGUUGUCAGAGGCACUGAGAAUGGCCAGCAAUCUGCGCGCACCCUUAUUAACCCAUGUUGAAGCUUUUGCCGAGAAUCAGAAAGCACACAUUCCACAAUCGAUAAUGGACGUCAUACAGGGUAAAGUGCUUUGUGACAUGCACGAUGAAUUUGAUAUUGCGCCACCCGGUGAUUAUUCGAAUGAUCAAAAACCAGAUACAAUGGAAAUUGAUCUUUCCGAACCAGCUCCUCCUGGUUUAGAUUAGCAUAAAACAAUUUCAGUGUUAGAAUCAAAAACAUACCCUACCAGAUAUCCUAAUAUUAAUCAAUCCGUAUUGUAGUUAUGGAUUGUAAAUUAUUUUCUUCGAGUCAUCGUUUAAAAUGUAGACUCUUUGCUUCUAAACUUAGAUAGUAAUGAUUCCUUCUUAUCUAAUCGCGCUAAUCCCUUGGUGUACAUCGUUCGCUAAUAAUUAUUUCCAUAAUUAUUGACCGUCAUUAUUUUUUAUACAUCGGACCAUCAACGUAAUAGCAAUAUAGAGAGCGAUUUUUAGUUUUAUGUUCCUACUUCAACGGAUAAAUAGAAAAUAAAACGAGAAAAAGAACAUCGUGUGAGCAUAGGGUGUACGACUUGAUAUAUAAUUUUUCAUAUUUAUAUAUAAGCGGCAUAUUUUAGUAUAAUAUACCAAUAUAUCGUCGAUAAUAUCUGAACAAAAAUAUUGAUUUCUCAUGGAGAAAAUUGUGGAUACUUUCGUUAAAUAACCUUAUUCAUUAUAAUUUACGUUUGCGCACGUAUAUAUAAAAGGAAAAU